CAUACGAGGAUUUUCACGAAAACAUCCACCGCAGGCUGACUGCGUCUCCGUGCCGACCGUCACCGCGCUGCGACUCGAGCUCCGGGACCCGAAGCCGCGGAUCCGGCGGCGUGACAGUCACGUCGAUGGCGUUCACCAAAGUUGGAUAACGCUGUUGUGGCCUCGCGGAGGAGCAGUUAGGAGCGUGGAGUAGGUUCAAGUGGAAUGACUGCGGUAUCACUUGUUAGAUAGAGAGACAGAGGCAGAGAGAGGGAGAGGGAGAGAGAGAGAGAGAGAGAGAGAGAGGGAGCAGGAGAGAGGGGCCCGGAGUGGACUCCCUCCCUCGGCACAGAGCCGACUCGCCCCAUGGAGACUGACGGGACCCUUCCAGAGAGCUCCAGGCCCGGAAUGUCACCUGCGAAGCGUCGAGACCUCGCCGGAGGACGCAAAUAACAGGAGCGGAGAGACCGACAGCAGCAGCGCACAUCUGCUCCCGACGACUUAUCUGACAACUUCUUAGAAAGCCUGUGAAGGAAAAGGAAAACAAAAAGUUAGCUGCAGGAGACAACAUGAGCAUGAUAGAUAUGACUUAGUGAGGGUCUCCGCCGCCUCAGGUAACCCGUUCAUGGACUCCACGCAGGUUUGUUGCAGAAAGUAAACAUCAGCAAGUUGUCUCCAUCCCAACUGAAGACUUUUUGAUUUUUAUUAUUUUUUUAGUUCCUUUUUUUUUUAAUCAUCGCUUUUUAAUAUAUAGAAUUUUUAAAAAUGUCACUCAAAGAGAAUCCCUGUCGGAAAUUUCAAGCCAACAUUUUCAACAAAAGUAAAUGCCAGAACUGCUUUAAGCCCAGAGAAUCACAUUUGCUGAACGAUGAAGACUUAAAUCAGGCUAAACCUAUAUAUGGAGGAUGGUUGCUGCUGGCACCCGAGGGAACUAAUUUUGACAAUCCUUUACACAGAUCCCGGAAAUGGCAACGACGCUUCUUCAUCCUCUACGAGCAUGGCUUACUGCGCUACGCUCUGGACGAAAUGCCCAGCACUCUGCCCCAAGGCACCAUCAACAUGAACCAGUGCUCUGACGUGGUCGAUGGCGAGUCCAGGACCGGUCAGAAGAACUCCCUGUGCAUCUUGACCCCUGAGAAGGAGCACUUCAUACGGGCCGAGUGUAAAGAGAUCAUCAACGGGUGGCAGGAGGCUCUGACUGUGUACCCCAGGACCAACAAGCAGAACCAGAAGAAGAAGCGCAAGGUUGAUCCACCCACUCACCAGGGUGGAGUAACUUCAAGCCAGUGUUUUUCAGCUGAAGACAUGAAUGGACAUCCAUCUCUCUGUGACCUUACCUCCCAUUAUGUCCUUCCCUCCGCCCUUCCACUCCUUCCAACCCGGACCAUCGCUCAGGAGCCGGGCCCCGCCAAGGUGACCGUGACCAGCAGCAGCAGCGGAGGCAGCAUCCCCUGCCUGCCCAGCAGCAUCGCCGGUGCCGAGCGCGUCCCGAUGAGUCGGGCCUCGCUGUGGCAGGAAGAGAGCCGCUGGAGCAGGGCCACCAUCCCCUGCAGCCGCAGUGCCUCCUGUAUCAGCCAGCUGAGCCAGAGCCAACCGGAGUCCAGUAUCACUACUCAAGAUGACGGCGGCACUGUGAGCACUGGACGUAAAGUACGAGUGGAGAGUGGUUACUUUUCCUUGGAGAAGACCAAGUCUGAGCCUUCUCCCAAUUCUGGCCAUCUCUCCCAGCCACCCCAGCAUCUGCCCCUGUCCUCUUCAGCAUCAUCAUCCUCUUUAGGAGCUCCCAGUUCCAGGUACACCUCCGAAUCAGAGCCCCAGACCUCCCCUCAUCAGCCCUCCCAAGACCCUCUCCCUUCUCCAGGUUCACUUGUUUCCCCAAGCUACUCCACCAUCAGCUCCUCCCAGAGCUCGCUGGAUUCUGAUCCCAGCGGGGCUACGCCCACCUGGGAGGGGCACAGUGGUGGUGGAGGGGGCUCUGUUAGUGUCAGUGGUGGAGGAGGCAGAGUUGGCAGGUCUGGCAGGGAGUAUGCAGCGUUGUCAGAUGUGCCAAGGGCUCGUAGGCUGACCUACCGGGAAGCCUUCCGAUCAGACAAAAAGCGUCAGGAGCUGAGGACUCGAACACGCAGCCCAGGGAGGGAGGAGGUGGCUCGGCUGUUUGGGGAGGAGCGCAGACGUUCUCAAAUCAUCGGCCGAUUCGAGGAAGGCCAACAUGUUGAGCGUAUGGACACAAGCACCUCCAGUGACCCCUCGGCUGACCCCACACUGAGACAAGGGCGCAGCGAGAGACGCUAUCUAGCUAACAAACAUGAAAUGUCACUGGAUUCAGCAAAGGACCGCUCAGUCCCGGAUGUGUCCAGCUCCAGUUUUGCCAACUUAAGAAGAGCCAAGUCUUUGGACCGCAGAGUCACGGAGUCCUCGAUGACUCCUGAUCUGCUGAACUUCAAGAAAGGAUGGAUGACGAAGUUAUACGAAGAUGGAGUGUGGAAGAAACACUGGUUUGUUCUAACAGACCAGAGUUUAAGGUACUACAAGGACUCAAUAGCCGAGGAGGCUUCUGAACUGGAUGGAGAGAUUGACCUUUCCACAUGUUACGAUGUCAAAGAGUUCCCGGUCCAGAGGAAUUACGGCUUUCAAAUCCUGUGUAAAGAUGGAGCCUGCACCCUGUCAGCCAUGACCUCUGGAAUCCGUCGCAAUUGGAUUCAGGCCAUUAUGAAGAAUGUGCGACCUACUAUUGCCCCCGAUGUCACCCGGAAAAACAUCUCUCUGAAACUAUCCGUUCUGAAGCCCAGAUCCCUCCCCGAUGAGACGAUUAAGAGCCAUGUGAUGUUGGAGCCGUGUUCAUCGCCAGCUUCUGAGUCAAGCCCCAGUACAGAGGCCCCAAAGUCUGAUUCCCUCAGACAGCCGCCGGGAAACAACGCCUCUGCACCUCCCUCUGAGCCACGUAAAAGCCGAGUCCGUGAGCGCCGGCGAGAAGGGCGCUCCAAGACGUACGACUGGACCGAGUUCAAGAUGGAAAAAACGCAAAAACCUGUGAAAGAACGAGCGGACACCGUCGACCUCAGUUCGUCCUUCUCUACAACCUCCUCCUACUGCUCCGCCUCCUCGUCGCCCUCCUCCUUAGCGUCCUCUCCAGUCUCUACCUCCUCUGUCCAAACCUCGUCUGUAUCGGGCGCUAACCCGCCCUCGAUAGCUGAAGAUACAGAAAAGGAAAAUGCUCGUAAAAGCGUCCCGCCACAAAACGCAACUAGUGCAGCUCACAUGCCAAAUACUGUAACCGUUACCAUUAUUUCAGCGCUGAAUUCCACGUCACCGGCGCAGUCGUCCGCAGCUGACGGCCAAGAACAAGGAAAGAUGGAAGUGGACCACCCUGCUGCUCUGCGUUCAGAGAAGGACGACAAAAAGGACAACAGGAGCCCAGAUGUCCGAGAAGAGAUCGAGCAGCGAUGGCACCAGGUGGAAACCACGCCGUUAAGAGAGGAGAAACAAGUGCCCAUCACCACGGCUUUAGCGAACUCCAGCAACUCGGACCGGCUGCCUCCUCAUGAGCUUGCUGCGCUGCUGGAUAAGGAGUUGGGACAGAAACAGAAGGAACUGGACCGGUUACAGAAGCAGAACAACCUUCUGAAAGAACAGCUGGAGGAUGCUCUAGGGAGAGAACACAGUGCCAGGGAAGGCUAUGUGCUACAGAGUGCACCACCUCCUUCCUCUUCGCCGCACAAAGUGCCGUUCCAACACUUGCACAAGCUGAAUCAAGAUUUGCAUGGCGAGUUGGAGUCGCAGAAGCGGAAGCAGGACAUUGCUCAGCAACAGAUCCGCACCUUAAAGAGAAGCUACACUGAAGCCAAGGAUGCCGCAGAUCGUCACGAGUGCGAUAUUCAGGCUCUGCAGGCCAAACUUGCGUCUGCGAUGGCUGAAAUCCUCGCCAGCGAGCAGGCAGUGGCGCGAAUGCGAAACGAGCUGAAGAUAGAGCAAGACCGUUCGAAAGAGCACGAGGAGGAGUACGCCCGUGGCGAGGCCACCCUGCGGGCUCAGCUGAGAGACAGCGAAGACAGGCUCCGUGAAGUCGAGGCCAGCCUGCUGGAGAGGAACCAGGCCCUCCGACACCUGGAGCACCAGCAGGCCCUGCAGCGUGACCACAUGAGGGAAAUACAGAGGCUGCAGGACAGGCUGGAAGAAGUGACCGCUCGACUAAAAGCAACCGAGGAGGGCCAGGCGUUGAAGGAGGAGCGCCUCAGGAAGGAGCAGAGUAGCAUGCAAGAAAGUCACGAGCGGGAAAGGCAGACUCUGUGUAGGAGAUUAGCCGAGGCUGAAACCGCACAGAAGGAAAUAGAGGAGAAGCUGGUGGAGGCCGAGCAGCAGGUGGAGGCCUUGUUAAGAGGCAGGCGGGCCUCCGGAGGGAAAGAAAACAGGGAGGAGAUGCUGAAGUUGCAAGAGGAGCUGGCCCAAAAGUCCGGCGUGAUUGAUUCGCUGAGGGAGAGUGUGCGUCGGCUCGAGGAGGAGAAAAGCCAUCUCACCUGCCGCUGUCAGGAGCUUCUCAACCAGAUUGCCGAAGCGGAUCGAGAGGUGAAUAAGCUUCGCAACCGUCUGGAAACAGAAGAGGCCGAUUACUACACUCUGGAGCACUCAUAUGAAAGGGCUACUCAAGAGUUUCAGAAAAUGAGCAAGUUCCUCAGAGAGAAAGAGGAAGAGAUCCGGCAAACUAAAGAGAUGUAUGAGAGGCUGAUGGAACGCAAGGAAGAAGACCAAGAGGCACUUGUAAAAAUGACCGCACUUGGAAACAGCUUAGAGGAAACUGAGCAGAAGUUGCAGGCUAAGGAGGAGCUCCUUUGCCAAAUGAGUCAAAGCCUCUUGAAUAAGGUUGAGCCGUGCACGGCUGAAAUGGAUCUGCAGGCUAAGCUAGUGGUCGCUGAAGACCGCAUUGCAGAGCUGGAGCAGCACCUCGACGCCCUGAAGCUCGGCUAUGCUGACCUGCGAAUGGAAAAGCAGCAGCACCUUCCGGAGCAAAACAAGAAGGGAAGAGCUAAACUGUCCUCCUCCAUGUCGACACACUCCGCGCUUUCUCGCCUUGAUAAAUCCACAACAGAGGAUUUCCCAGACGAGAAAGAAUCUCAAGCUAAGAGACCAAAAAUACGAUUUUCCAGUAUUCAGUGCCAAAAGUACAUGAGUUUUGAAGGCGUGGACACUGGCCGUGUGAGCGGUGCCUUUGUAGACGUAGGACAGAAAGGAAACCAGGAUAUAAGCGAGGAUGUCCAAGUGACAGAAGGAGACGUCCCCUCUGAUGUUGCAUUCCCACACAGUAGUGACCCAGAGAAGUUUAUCGCCAUCAUACAUGCUCUAGAAACUAAACUGCUAGCCACUGAGGAUAAGCUAAAAUGCCUCACACAGAAUCUAGAAGUUCAGCAAUUAACACAGGCAGAAGAAAAGUCCCAGGUGGGACAAAAAGUGACAGAAACAAAGAAAGAAAUGAGUGGAGAAAGCGUGACAGACAACAGUGCUGCCAUCAGGCAUUACAACAACGCUCUGGUGUGUGUGGAGAACAGCCGCGAGAAAGUGAAAGCUAUUCUAAGUGGCUCCCAUGACACCACCGAUUCUCAGCUUCACUCUUUAUCGGAGAUAGAGAGUGACUUGUUCAAUGCGUCUCUGUACAUCCGCCAAGGACAAAAGACAGAGGAGCAGUCAUCUGCUGUCCAUCAGCAGCAAACUCCUGAAACUAUAGAUAAUGAGGCAUUGCAUCUCUUUGCAAAGACUUUGUCUUUUGAGGCAGUUGUUUUGAAUAAAAUGUCUUUGUUAAUUCAGACUUCAAAGUCUGACCUGUUACAAACGCUUGCUGAGGUGUGGGAAGAGAUAGAGCAGAUUAAAAGGAGUGACAGAGACUGCUUAGCUGUAGUUUAUGCGGACGUAUUGACCAGGAAGUUGAUGUUAGAGAGUGCUUUUUGGAAAGAACUGGAGAAAACUGAAGCCGCCGUGGCGAAAUCCAAAGAGAGCAGCGUAUCGGCUGAUGUAGAUAUUGAUGCAACUGUUGUCUUCAACACAGUUGUUAAAGCAGAAUUAGCCUACUCCAUUCAAAACCUGAAACUUUGCUACGAAGAAAAAUUCAAAGUACUUCAAAGGGAAUUGGCCGAGGCCCAUAAUAACUUAUAUCAAAGGGAAAUGGCUUUGAAAACAAUUAUCGAAGCUUCCAAAAGGCCUGACUUGAAAAGUGUCAUCAAUGAAGUUAAAAAUAACUUUGGGUUAAGCAAACAGAAGCUGGCUGACAUUCGUCCCCCUGAACUGGCUCCAUACAUGGAGCAGAUUGAAACGGAAGAAGCUAAAGACCUGGCAGAGGAAAUUGUUGAUAGACACUUGGCUGGCGAAAUGCCUUCUUGUGGCGUAGACUCUGUCGAAUCAUUGAAAAAUGCACACGAUAACCUGGCGAAUGAGCUUCAGAGACAAGCAGCCAUCCUUCACAAGUACGCUCAAGAGAUAGAAAGCGGCGGAAGCCCUCCCGGGUUGUUGAAAAUGAUCCGUGCUUUUUUAGGGAACCAAAGUACCCAAAGCUUCGCAGGCACGUCUCUUUGUAUGCGUGAAGCCCUGAUCCAGGCCCAGGUGGCGUACGUGGCAUGUAGGCUGCGGGCCAUGCACGAGCAAGACCUGGGCUGGUGUAAACAGACCGGCCAGAACAUGGACGCUCUAGUGCAGCAGCACGCCCGCAACGUGACGGCGAUCCAAGAAAAAUACGAAGCGUCGCUGCAAGAGGAGCGCCUGACCUUCACUCAGACCCUGACCAAUCUGCAGAAGGAGAAUCAAACGCUCAAGAGUGAGAUCAGCAAGCGUAUGAACCAGCUCUCCCAGCAGCAGGAACAGAAGGCUCUCCUGGAGAAGCACUUUCAGAAGGAGACCAAAGAUCUGAAGCAGAGGCUCGAAAAAGAGCUCAGCCAAGCAGAACAGGGCCGCGCCUCCACAGAGAUGGCGCUCGUGGAGACGGCGGCGGACAGUCAGCGGAAGCUGGAAGUGCUGCUGGUGGACAUGGACACCAUGGAGGAGCAGCACGAGAAUCACGUCAGGAAGCUGGAGGAGCAGUUCGAGCAGAGGAUCUGUGAGCUGCAGCAUCUGCACAAAGAGGAGAUUGAAAAGUUACAUUCUCAGUACGUGGAAAAUAUUCAGAGCGUCAUAGAUCGCCGGGCGGACAAAGAAAGCCCUGAGAGUCCACACUCGCCCCCUUGUGAGGAGGCCGCCACGCCAAUGGAGGAGGAGGAGCAGGGGAAGGGGAUGUCCGAGGUGGACUCCAUGGUGGUUCUGAAGGACCGGAUUCAGGAGCUGGAGACUCAGAUGAAUAACAUGAGGGACGAACUGGAGAACAAGCAUCUUGAGGGAGAUGUGGCCAGCCUGAGAGAGAAAUACCAGAGAGACUUUGAAAGUCUUAAGGCCACGUGUGAACGCGGCUUUGCUGCAAUGGAAGAAACACACCAGAAGGUGAUAGAAGACAUCCAGAGGCAGCAUCAGAGGGAGAUUUCCAAACUGAUGGAGGAGCGAGAGAGACUGCUGGCUGAGGAGACGGCUGCCACAAUUGCUGCUAUUGAAGCUAUGAAGAAUGCACACAAAGAGGAGCUGGAGAAGACCCAGCGCUCCCAGCUGAGUGGACUGAACUCUGACAUUGAUGAGCUUCGCUUACAAUACGAGGAGGAGCUGCAGUCCAUCCAGAGGGAGCUGGAGGUGUUGUCAGAGCAGUACUCUCAGAAGUGUCUGGAGAACGCUCACCUGGCUCAGGCGCUGGAGGCCGAGAGGCAGGCCCUCAGGCAGUGUCAGAGAGAGAACCAGGAGCUCAACGCUCACAACCAGGAAUUGAAUAACCGGCUGACUGCAGAGAUCACUCGCAUGCGCUCCUGCUUCAGCGGCGAAACGGCCCUGUCCCCGGUCACUCAAGGCAAAGACGUGUAUGAGCUUGAGGUGUUGCUACGGAUCAAAGAAUCAGAGAUCCAGUACCUUAAACAGGAAAUACACUCUUUGAAAGAUGAGCUGCAGUCUGCUUUGAGGGACAAGAAGUACGCCACCGACAAAUAUAAGGACAUCUACACUGAGCUCAGCAUCGUGAAGGCCAAGGCCGACUGCGACAUCAGCAAGCUGAAGGAGAAGCUGCUCAUGGCCACCGAGGCUUUGGGCGAGAGGACGGUGGAUGGAACUGUUACAUCUGGAUACGACAUCAUGAAAUCAAAAAGUAAUCCAGAUUUCAUGAAAAAGGAACAAUCAACAGCCUCCAAGCCGGCAAGAGGCGUAAGGUCAAAGAGCCUGAAAGAGGGGCUAACCGUGCAGGAGCGCAUGAAGCUUUUUGAGGCAAAAGAUUCCAGAAAGAUCUGAGUGUAAGUCCCCUGAGGGCUGUUUCCUCCCGCCUGGCCUUUAUUUGUGCGGUCACUUUGCCACAAGCAGAACCAGCUGGAGACUCUGACAGCAAACAGCAAGAAAUAUGGAAUAUAAAAUAUCUCAUCUGGAUUUGGACCUACUGCUACCGUGCUUCUCAUAAGUUGUCAUACUCUUAUUAUUAUUAUUGAUGUUUGUUUUUUUUUUUAAGUGCAAAAAAAUUGUUUUACAGAAUCAAACGUGUGUACGGUUUAUUAAAAAGUGACAUAGAUGUUAUAAUCUGGCCAAGUUGGAGAUGUGUCAAAUAAACUGUGAGAGGGAUGCGUGACGGCGUUUAUCUUGACCCUCCAAGAUGCCAAAACAAGACAGCAAUACACACUAUAAAUAAUAUAUAUUUCCCAAUAUGAACUACGUAUCUGCUGUAUUUUAUCAUUACAGUGUCUAUAUCUCAGAAUUUUUAAUGUUUUGAUGUUGCACCGGUUGUGUUGUACAUAACUACUGGAUACAUGUAGAAUAUGAUUUGAUAUUGAUUGUUGGGGCAUCUGCUGUAUUAUAACUAUGGUUUGAUUGAUAGUGAAAAGCAAUGUGAUCCUUGCUUGUGUAUGAGAGUUUUUUGGUUUUUUUAAGGAGUGUUUGUGUGAAGAGGGGUGGACGGGAGAGUGAGAUUGCACUUGUCACUUGACUACUUGAGGAAGCUUGUUUUUUUUUUUUUCUUCUUCUUUUUUUUUGUCUCAAAUUGGUGUAGUGACUUCAACUCAAUUACUGCAGUGCAACCAAACAUCUGGACUCUUGUCAUAUUUAGUGAACAACGGUGACUUGUUGGUGAUACUGGAUUUUUAAAUUGCUUUCUUCAAACUUUGUGUUUGCUCAGUUUUGACUUUGGUGUGAUUAAAAUCAUCUCAAAAACCUGAAACUCAUUGGAACUUUGCAUGACUGUACAGUAUAAUUUGAAUUGCAGAACGAUAGCUCAUUAUUUUUCCCUACUUUAUGCUUUAGUGUGAACCUCUUAACACUAUUAAGCUUUGCUUUUGCAAGUCCUACUGUUUAGAUGUUGAGAUUGAAUUGUUUUACUGUAAGCAAUAGUCUUGAAGCACUUGGCCCAGUCCCUGACCUCUCACUGAAAUCUAGUCGUGCCUCAACUGAGUGAAGAGUAUGAACACCCAUGAAACCUGUGCAGCUAUGGAUACACACUGUAUAGUAUUCAAUCCACGCCUUGUACAUAUAUAUAUGCCUACACGGAAGACUUCUGUGUUUUUUGUUUUAAACUUGUACCUUGCUCACUAGCUCUAUAUGAAAUAUAUAUGAAUAUUUUUUAUUUUCAUUUGAAUGUAUACCGUCAAAUAAAUGAAGUGUUUGGAAAUG